GACAAUGUUGAACUCUGUGGGACUGAGCCUCGUGGUGCUGCUUGCAGCGGUGGGAGCAGCUGCAGAAGAGAGAGUGGCGCAUGACUACUACAAAUAUCAUCCCAUGCCGGAGAUCAGCAACUGGAUGGGUCAGAUGGCGAAGGAUUACCCUAAUGUUGUGAGCAUAGUGGAAUACGGACAGACCUAUGAGAAGAGGGUUAUUAAAUUGCUCAAGAUUGGUGAGAAUACUGGAGAGAAAAAGAAAGCUAUCUGGAUGGACUGUGGGAUACAUGCCAGGGAAUGGAUCGCCCCGGCCUUCUGUCAGUACUUUGUCAGACAGAUCCUGGAAGCAUACAAAACAGACUCAAAAAUGGGAGAAAUGAUGAAGAACAUGGACUUCUACGUGACCCCUGUGCUCAACGUGGAUGGCUACAUCUACUCCUGGACUAACGAGACAAAUCGAUUGUGGAGGAAGAACAGGUCACCAGGAAACAGCAGCUGCAAAUGUUACGGCACCGAUCUCAACCGCAACUUUAACGCCAACUGGGGCACAAUCGGGGUAUCGAAUGACUGCUGCUCAGACAUCUACUGCGGCACCCAGGCAGUGUCUGAGCCUGAGGCCCAGGCCGUCACUUAUUUUGUAGGAAGCCGGAAGGAAGACUUCCUGUGUUUCCUCACCAUCCACUCCUACGGCCAGCUGCUCCUGGUUCCCUAUGGACACCCCAACUUCACCGCCUCCAACUACAAAGAGCUGAUGGAUGUAGGUUUGGCAGCAGCUGACGCCAUCAGGAAGGUCCACGGGAAGACCUACACUGUAGGAACGUCACCGGAUGUAUUGUACCCCAACUCUGGUUCAUCCAGAGACUGGGCUCGCAUGCAGGGGAUCCCCUUGACCUACACCUUUGAGCUGAGAGAUAACGGCACCUUCGGCUUCGAGCUUCCCGCGGAUCAGAUCAAGCCGACCUGCGAGGAGGCCUACAGCGGAGCCCUGCACAUCAUCACCUACGCCCACGACAAGGCCUUCAACGGGGCCGUGGCGACCGCCGCUGCUGCCCUGUGGACCACGCUGUUAGCAGUGGGUGUCGCCGGCACCAACCUGAUGUGA